AUGUUCAGCUGUGACAGUGAGGAGGCCAUUCAAGCUAAUUCUCCUGCGGGCAGUGGCAAUCUGCAGCAGGUGAUUGCCCUUGUGAUGGAUUCCUUCACAGAUAUUGAUAUCUUCGGUGACCUUCAGGACGCUUAUAACAACCGCAAAGUCCCUGUCUAUAUCCUCCUUGACCAGGACUUUCUACCCCAUUUCUUGGAAAUGUGCAAGAAUUUGGGAGUUUGCCCUGAGCAGGAAAGCCUGAUGAGAGUUCGAACUCUCACUGGGAACACGUACUACAUGAGGUCGGGUGCCAAAAUUGUUGGGAAAGUCCACGAGAAGUUCAUGUUAAUUGAUGGCAUUAGAGUGACAACAGGCUCCUACAGUUUCACGUGGUCUGACGGGAAGCUGAACAGCAGUAACUUGCUGCUAUUGUCAGGUCAAGUGGUUGAACAUUUUGACCUCCAGUUUAGGAUUCUUUACGCCCAGUCGAUGCCCAUCAGCCCGAAGUGGCUGUCCAGCUGCAGGAACAGUGGGAUAUUUGAUCACCUAGCAAACAGAAUAGAGUCCCCUAAAGAAUAUACUGUGGAAGGCAACUUGAGAGCAGAAUUUGCCAGGUUGUCCAGUACUCCAAAGAAAUUGUUGAAAGAACUGGAUCUGGCUGAAGAUACUCCUGGAGGCAAACCUUGUAACCUGGGGCGUUCUUGCCUCUGUGAAGAGGAGUGGUUCAGCGAUCAAGAGGCCGUAGUGGAAUGGAGAAGUGCAUCGACUCAAACUGGCCCGUGGGAAGAGAAGCCUGUAGUGACCAUGUGUAAUGCUGCCACGCAGACCAACGUUGUAACGGCAGAAACUGGCACUCAGACUUCUGUCGCCGCUAGAAUGACGGGCACUCAGACUUCGGUUUUGCUGAAGACUGCAGUGACACAGACAAAGGAAGAUGAGUACACAGAAACACCCCUGCUUCACAGAAAGCUGUCAAAGGAAGGAUCUUCUUUGUCUGGAAAGGCUGUAUCAAGUUCUAGUCUGCGAUCGCUGUCUUCAUCAUCGUCCCAGUGCUCUCUUACAAGCUCUACUGGCUCAAUAUCUUCUCUCCGGUCCUUUGAAUAUUCUAGCAGUCACAGGGCAGAAUAUUUCCAAAAACUGCAUAAAGAGAGGCAAUUCCACUACUCCACUAUCAGGUCGAAGCUUAGCCACAUGGUGGAUAUCUUAUCCCGGAGGGGACGUGUGCCUGAAAACUACAUGACCCAAUACACUGGAAGAUGCAAUCUAAAACAGAGGCGUGACAUCAGCGCCAGCCUGCGCAGCCUCCGGGACGUUUCGCUCUUUUCUCUGAAUAAAUGA